AUGACUGUAUUGAAAUGGUUGAGCAUUUGCCUGACUCUGUUCUGCCAAGGCACAGCAGCAUCCAAACCUUGCGAUUGGACGCAGUAUAGGUUGAGGAGCAUGAACGAUCAUAGCAUACGUCUGCUCUCAGAGAUGGGUGGAUACAUUCCACAUAUGUGUUCAGAAGAAAAAGACAAACAAAUGUUUCCAGAGGAUGUUUACAUGAACACACAGGUCGAGGACGUCUCUGUGGUUGCAUUAGAGGCUAUGGGAUAUGUGGCCCAAAUAUUUAACAAAAGCCUGACUUCUGUCACCUGGAACAAAAUAGCACUUAACCAGUUCCAAAACAUAAUAUAUCGUCAAGUUGAGAACUUAAAGAUAUGCGUCGCAGGUGGUGUUGGGGCAUCCUCUGGGGAUGGAGGGUCGGUUACUGCAGGCAACGCGUCUCUCAAAGCAUAUUUCGACAAGCUGAAAACCGUCUUGAUAGAGAAGGAACACAGCACAUGCGCAUGGGAGAUCGUGCGAGAGGAGGUUCGCAAAAACCUGGUGCAGUUCAACAAAUUCAUCGACAGCAAAGUCAAGCCGUGAGGAGAACCACAUAAUCAUCAUUGGAGACGUGACAUACUCCUCAGGCUGGCUAAUAGAUUGAUGGCUGAUACAUUUAAUGACUGACUGACUGGCUGGCUGCUAGAUUGACUGACUGACUGAUUUAGAAAUAUUGAUUGAUGAUAUUUAUGUUUACACGAUGUAUUUAUUUAUUCGUUUAUUUAUUUAUAUUGCAAUUAAAUGAAAACUACAUGCAUCUA